CUUCCAUACAUGUACAUGCGAGAACGAUGAAGUAGCUCUGUGUUUUCGGGGUGUGUCAGCUGAGCAUUUAAAUAAAGAACCUGCCUCUUCACACUGAGAGACUCCUGAACUCUGCUGGAAGGAAGCUGUCUGAAUACACAAUGGCAUCAUCAGCCCCUCUGUCCAAGGCCAACACCAGCUUCUGUCUGGAUCUUUACAAGAAGCUGAGUGACAACGACAAGGCAGCAAAUGUCUUCUACUCUCCAUUUAGCAUCUCCUCAGCCCUGGCUAUGGUGAUGCUGGGGGCCAGAGGCAACACACACACACAGAUGUCAGAGAGUCUGAAGACCAAGCACUGUCAGGACAACGUCCACGCUGACUUCAGUAAACUGCUGAAGACACUCAACAAGGCAGAUGCUCCAUACUCCCUCAGUGUUGCCAACAGACUGUACGGGGAGCAGUCCUACCAGUUUGUAGAGGAUUUUUUGGGAGCAACCAGGAAGCACUACGAUGCAGAGCUGGAGUCUGUGGACUUCAAAACCAGCCAUGAGGCGGCAAGACUUAACAUCAACACGUGGGUGGAGAAGCAGACUCAAGGUAAAAUUCAGGAUUUGCUGGCCCAGGAUGUGGUGGACAACAUGACCAGGCUGGUGCUGGUGAAUGCCAUCUAUUUCAAAGGCAACUGGAACGAGCAGUUUAAGGAGAGUGACACAAAAGAUGAUCAUUUCAGAAUCAACAAGAAUGAGAGUAAGCCGGUGAAGAUGAUGCAUCAGAAAACCAAGUUCCCUUUGACCUUCAUCUCUGAAGUCAACUGUCAGGUCUUGGAGAUUCCUUACAAAGGGGAGGAGCUCAGCAUGCUCAUCUUUCUCCCCAUGGACAUAGACGAUAGUUCAACUGGUCUGGAGAAGCUGGAGAAGAAGCUGACCUAUGAGAACUUUGUGGAGUGGACUCGUCGAGACACGAUGGAAAAAGAAGAGGUUCAAUUGGGCCUGCCUCGGUUCAAGAUGGAGGAGAGUUAUGACAUGAAGGAUGUCCUGAUCAGCAUGGGCAUGGUGGAUGCCUUCGAUAUGGGAAUGAGUGACUUCUCAGGCAUGUCUCCUUCCGAUGACCUGGGGCUGUCAAAGGUCGUCCACAAGGCUUUUGUUGAGGUCAAUGAGGAGGGAACCGAGGCUGCUGCUUCCACUGCUGCCGUCAUGAAAUGGCGCUGUCGUCCAAAGCCUCCAGUCAGAUUCAUUGCAGACCAUCCCUUCCUCUUCUUUAUCCGACAUAACCCCACAAUGAGCGUUCUGUUUGCCGGCCGCUUCUGCUCCCCUCAGUGAGAACUACAUUGUUGAGCGUUUGAGAAACACUGCUCUAGAGUCUGAUCCCAUCCCAAGUUUCCGUCCUAUAUUUCCAGCAUCAGGAUGAUGAGGACAAACUAUUAUUUUGGAUUUUUUUUUUUACUUUGACUCUCGUCUGCCUCACUUCUCACAUGAGUGAUUGUGUUUAUCCUGAACACAAGCUCUCUGCUCUGCUUUAACAUUGCACCCAAUCUGAUGUUUUUCAGAUUUUGGUCCCUUUAUCCCUUUAAUACACAUUUGGCCCUCUUUGCUGCAGCAUCUAUACCAUUACAGUCUAAUUUGUUAUCCUGUACCUGAGACUCUUUGGAAGAAUUUGCCUUGAUCACAUUUGUUAUGCCUUUCUAAGCUGGCAGCACAGAGGUCAACUGUACCUGUAUACCAGGUGAACAUAUGAUGGUUGAAAGAAUCUCUGCACUGUCUCUAUAUAACGAGAGAGAGUGGAUGUGCUCUCAAAUGUUUCAGAGUGUCAUCAGAGAAGCAGAAGCAGAAGCAGAAGUAGUGAGCAAUAUCAUUAUUUUAUAUAUUCAGCAAACCAAAGAGAAUAUUGUGAUGAAAGUAUAUUUGCAGAUAGAUGUGUGCUUGGUGGUUAUACAUAAUUGCACUUCUAUGCAUAUGACUAUUCAUAAAAAAUAGUUUAUAUGCAGUUUUGACAAAUUAUGUUUCUGUAUCUUGAUGCUUUUACACAUGGAAUAAAAGUGUGUGAUCCCCAAAUAUUGUUUGUCAACUUUUUUUCUAAAAAAGAAUUAUUCACAUUUUGUCUAGUUCAGUGUAUAGUGAGUAUAAGAAGGAUAUCAUGCAGUUUAAUCAUUGUAAUAAAGAUGAUACUACA